AUGAAUGCGAAGGAGAAGAAAUCUGUGAGUAAAAUAUGCAGAUGGCCAUGUGAACUGCAAGGAGUUGUUGUUGAUUUCCGAAAAAAAAAAAUAGUUGUUUCUAUUGUUUCACCAACUUCCGAGGCAGAUUCAUAUGAGAUCAAAGUUAAGGAUAGUGUUAUACUACCGGAAGCAUUGAAAAUGGGGACAUGGGUGAUUGUGUACGUUUCUAAACCGAACGUCUACCAGAUUGUGCGACAAUGCAAGGAACUUCUACCCACAUAUAUUCAUAGGGAACUUGUCCUUCUGAAAACAACUGUACAUUUUCAAGCAAAGGGAGAAAAAGGAUACCGCAGAUGGGUUCGGGCACCGCUGUUGGGAAGAGUAAUGGCUGUAAUCCACGAGCAAUAUAACGCAAAGCAGACAUAUUUUGCAUUGGUGGCGAGAAGGACAGCUGUGUUCAAAGCUUUUGUGAAACAUUGCUGGAUACUCACGAAAUAUGUUGUGCAGAUUGAAUCCCAGAUACCAUUUGAAACCGUUUGUCACUUUGCUCUCAUUCUAGUGUCUUAUGUAAUUAAUUUGCUUAUUGCAGAUGAUCAUAGUCCUGUAAAUUCUGACGAUGUUCAAAAAUUUCGGAAUCAGAUAUCAGAAAUGAAAGAAGAAGAUCACUUGGCUGGCUGUAUCAUAUCUCAGAAUGUGGGUCAAGUUCAACAAGAAACUGUUACGAACAGUGUGGGGAUGAAGAAUUUGAAGAGUAUCUCAAAUAAUGAUGUGUCAACUGAUUUUAUUGCUCACGAUAUAAUAUUUUUCCAUGGAGUUGUAUCAGUACUAAAUGAUUCGUUGGUUGUGGCAGGAUCACAUGGUCAAAUUGGAUAUUUGAAACACAUGCAAUGUGGUAAUUCAUCAGAACCUGUCAAAGUGGGGGACUGGUUAUCAGUAGCAGUUGAAUUAAAAUCAGGUAGCGAUCGAUGUUACGUGUAUGAAUCGCCGUCUUUAAUUGCAGCAAAAGGGAUAACUUCUGUUCGAAAUAAUAUUGUUCAAUCGAAAAUUGAAGUCAGUAAUGUAGAAGGUGACACGUUCUAUGGAAUUUCUCCGAUUUUUGGUAAAGUUAUUGGUAAUGCAACUCUUAUUGGUGAAAAAAUAGAGUGUGUUGCAUGGUGCACUCCUCGGGCGAGCUCUAAUUUUCAUUUAAAUUGGCAAGCUGUGGAAAUUGUGGAAACUUCACAUACAUUGUCGCAAAAGGAUGGAUUGCAUGUCAAGCAUAAAAUGGACAGUCGCAGCAAAACAGAAGUAUCCUGCACUGAUGCUGGAAGACAGUGUCAUCAGGAAAUGAAAUCUCAUAUUUAUGAUGCUAUAACUAAGGUGGUAUCAAAUCCAGUGGUUAGAGAGGCAAUGCAGAAGUAUCGGCCGAAAGAAUUAGAGAGCAUUUGUGAAACUCUAGGCUUAAAAUUUUGA